CAUAGAAUUACUCUAAAUGUAUUAGUCUAUUUGGUUAUUCUUACUAUGAUUGAAUCAUUAGUAUUAUUCUCCCUUGUUAGAGACUCGAUCCACGAUUACCCAGCAAACCCCCUACUCCACCUAGACGAUGUUAAAUGGGGAAGGUCGGAGCUUGCCAAAGACAGUCCGCCAGAAAAAAUUUUGAUGAGAAGCUCAGGGAUCAUUCUAUUUCUACCCCUUUCUUCUUCAUUCAUUAAACUGGCUUGUCCUCCCUGAGCAAUCCAGCAUUCUGCAAUACCCGCGGGAUUCUUCUGUCUUCGUUUUUCUACACUUCCUUCAACAAAAAAACCAACCAAAGAGAUCGAAUAUCUGCCUCGAGAUUCCAAGAGCAAUUACCCCAGAUGGCUGAAACAGCGAAACCUCCAUCCUCUGCCGAAGUGCAAAAUGCCUUAGCCCGCGCCAGAGAGUCCGAGUCUGGUCCUGACGCUGCUACGAUGGCUAUACUCGAAGGUUCCGUCAACGGUCUAUGGGAACGUAUCAAGGCUGAGCCGGAAUACGUGCUCAACCAAAAAGAAUUCUCCUUGUUCAACUACUUCAUCUUACGCUAUAAAAAGGAGCCUGCGUGUAAAAGAGCCGUGGAGCAGUUUUGGAACCAUUAUCGCGCAGACGAGGCCACCAACGGAAGCAAGACUUAGUGACUGUAGUGCGCUCGUCAAAUAGCCGUUCCUAUGCCUACACCACCUUCAGGCUCAAGGCUCCGAGGGAGAGAGAGAGAGAGAGAAAAUUGUGGGCGCCAAGCCAUGAUUGAGCUUGACAGUCAGAUCAAGCAGAUAAUCUUGCGCUCAGAAGCAAGCGCUCAGCAAUUCCCCGUCAACGACCUCGUCGUCUCCUAAAACAAACAAGAAACUGAGACGUGACAGGGGGCGAUGGAGUGAACCUCGAUGGCCGCAACAUAUGCAUCUUGAGCCCUCUGAAAUCCGUGAUUCG